AUGUCUGCCUCUCUCCCAGGCAAUCGAGAAUUGCCCGCUUCUCAGUAUGAUCUCAGUACAUACUGGGGACGGGUGAUGCAUUCUGCGGCCAUUUCAGACCCUAGAACAUUGUUGGUCAACAGCGCCGGAUUGGAGCAUGCGAAAAGUCUCAUUUCGAGUUAUAAACAGGGGAAGAUCCAUGAAAUGACUCCGGAGUUAUGGAAUGCGAAAAAGAUUGUCGAUUCAACAUUACAUCCAGAUACUGGCACUCCAGUUUUCCUUCCAUUUCGAAUGUCAUGCUUCGUUUUAUCAAACUUGGUAGUCACAGCAGGAAUGCUUACACCAGGAUUGGGAACGACAGGAACAUUGUUAUGGCAAAUUACAAAUCAGUCUCUUAAUGUGGCUAUCAACAAUGCCAAUGCCAACAAAUCCACACCUCUCUCGACCUCAAAAAUUGCACAAUCUUACUUUCUCGCAGUUGGAGCUUCUUGCUCAGUUGCACUUGGUCUCAAUGCUCUCGUUCCAAGAUUAAAGAAAGUCAGCCCAGGCACCAAGAUGAUUCUUGGAAGAUUGGUACCAUUCGCUGCCGUUGCAAGUGCUGGAGCAUUGAAUGUUUUUUUGAUGCGAGGAGAAGAAAUUAGAAAAGGCAUUGAUGUCUAUCCAGUUCUCUCAGAAUCGGAUAAGGUAAAGCUUGCAGCAGAGGGCAAAUCUGAGUCCGAGGUUGCUUCAUUGGGCAAGAGCAAGAAAGCAGCCACUAUUGCCGUCUCGGAGACAGCUAUCAGUCGAGUUUUGAACAGUUCUCCAAUUAUGGUUAUUCCAGCUUUAAUUUUGGUGAGAUUACAGAAGAAGCAGUUUCUCAUUAGAAACCCUAGACUCACAUUACCAAUCAAUCUGGGUCUCAUUCUUGGUACUAGUCUGUUCGCCUUACCUCUAGCUCUAGCGGCCUUCCCUCAACGCCAAAGCGUAGAUGCAUCAACGUUAGAGGAGGAAUUCUGGGGCAAGGGCGGAGAGGGUGGAAAGGUGGUUUUCAACAGAGGAAUAUGA